CGGCCUGGUCAUCGUAAUUUCCAGAGAAAAAAAAAAUCACACAUCCCAAAACAUGUGUUCCCUUUCCUCUAUCAAUAUAAUAUAUGGAGAAAAUCCUAAUUCAAGCAUCAGAUUUAAGAAAGGAAGGUAGAAAACCCAGAUUUGACCAUCUUAGGAGAGUAGUGUUAGAUAGUAGAGGUAAAUAUAGUGAAGAAGAUGAUGCUGUUGAUGGGUUUGAGUUUGCAGAGCAUACUGGAUCUGGUGGUGGCAGGGUUUUCUCUGAUGAUUGGUUUGGGUAUCUUCGCUUUCGUCGCUUCCAUUCUUUGCACCGCUGCUUUCAUCCAAAACGCCAAGGACGUUUCUUGAUCCCAAUUUUUCCAGAGGAGCUUCACCGAGUGGAGUUCGGAAAUGCUGUUUCUGAGACUAGCAAUAAAUAAGUUGGUUGGGAUUAGAUAUAUAAAUAAGUAAUGUAAUAAUGCUUGUAAUGUGAGUGCCAGUUUAUCAUACUUGUAUAUGUUCAAGAGAGUGUAGGAUUAAAAUCCUCCUUUAUUGAGCCUCAAAAAUGGCUUCACAACACAAAGGCCAUGCUUUCUUCAGUUUGGUUUAGUGUACGAUUCGCAAACUGAAUAAGAGUUGUUGAAAGCACUUUUUUGCAUCUUCA